UUGACAAGAAAUUUAAAACAAUCAACAAACAAACUUUAUAAAAACUUUAAAAUAUUUCAUUCACUCCACGAUCUUGAGCAUAAUUGAGUGCAAUGUUAACGUAUGAUGAAAUUAAUUCACUGGCCCUUAAUUUUAUAUGCGGAAAUGUUAGUCAAAUAUGUAGGUUAUGUUUUUCAUCAACAGUAACAAAAAAGGUACACCUUGAAGAUAGUAUAUCAGUAUCUACAACGUAUGGCGAUGAAAAUAUAACGUAUUCUAAAAUGUUUUCAGAUUUAGGAGUGACUUCAGAAACAUUACUACCACAGAUGCUUUGUGAAAACUGUGCAUUGACUACUGUAAAGAGUUACGUAUUUUUUAAGCUUUACCAAUAUUCAACAGAAAAAUGGAACGCAAUUCUUAAUAUCGUCAAUGACAAUCUUGAUAAAUCUAGUAACCAAAAGCAGGAUAUUCAAAGUAUAUUUUUAAUCAUAAACAAAACUGAAAAUAUUUUAUUCCAAAGUCGCUCACAAUGUGUAAAGAAGAAUAAGAGAGUGGCAUUGAUGAAAUUCAGGGGUAUUGUAAACAGGCACAGAUCAUUAAAGAAAAAAGAAACAACAUUAAAUGUGGCUUGUUCAUUUUGCAAUAAAACUUUUAAUAACCUUAUAAUAUUAAUGAAACAUAUGAAAGAACAUAACCGAUUAUCUCAUCCAUGUACCCAUUGUCCAAAAAAAUUUUCAAAUGCCUUUCUAUUGAAGGAACACGAGGAACGUAUGCACAAUCUAAAAUUGUUAAAAUGCAACCAAUGUACUGAGAAAUUUAGCACACAUAGACAGCUAAAAUUACAUUUGCGAUUCUACCAUGUGGAAGUUUCGUGUAAUAUAUGUUUAUUGAAAUUCAAAUCAAGGAAAGAAUUGAGGCCCCAUUUGAAUAACCACAGCCUUCUUGAAUGUGGGAUGUGUCAAAAGAAAUUUAAAAACCGACAAACCUAUAAGCGACAUAUAAAAACUUGUAACAAAGAUAAUCAACUACAAUUUAUAUGUGAUAUAUGUAACAAAAUUUAUGCACAUAAGAGUACUCUCAGGACUCAUAUAUCAACUGAUCAUGAUUUUGGACAGGCACUCACAUGUCAAUGGUGUAAUAAGAAAUUUGACGCUCUGAGUAAGCUGAAGAGUCACGUGGUGAAGCACACAAAAGAAAAGAAUUUCCAAUGUGACAUUUGUGGGGGUAAAUUUGUGUCGAAACCAGCUUUACUGUACCACACAAGAUUGCACACUGGGGAAACACCAUAUCCAUGUGAUUUAUGUGGUCAAAGCUUUCUGUCGGCAUCCAGAAGAAUGGCUCAUAAGAAAAGAAAACAUUUUGGGCCCACUGAAGAAUGUCAUAUAUGCAAUACGAAAUUUUUCACAGGAUUUCAGUUACGUAAACAUGUUCAGAGACAUUCAAACCCACAUAGCAAACUUUAUGUUGCAAAUGAUGAAGAGUGAUGUAUUUGUUUGUGACAAUAAUAAUACUUUUUUUCUCAAUAUUAUACAACAUUUCUGCCUGUAAUGCAAAUUGUUUUACUGGCCUAGAUUAAUAAAUAGCCUAUUUUGUCAUGGAAUUUACAGGGUAUGUUAAAUUGAAAUGUUUUUGCAAAUGAUAUCCAGUUAAUAAUU